UUAUAUUUUCGACUUCUUCUUUCACGUGGAAUCACCCCCUUUCCGCUUGUACCGCCAGUUACCAACCACCCUGUAUAUUUACAUGUAUAUAUGUACGCAUGUAUGUAUAUACAUGUUGCAUAUACAUAGAACGAGACCUUUUUUUACCCUCCAACUUGACUUUUUUCGACUCAAAAGGCAAACAGUUUCGUCCAUGCUUUCGGUAUAGAGAUGUUCAGACCUGUUCAUAUUUUUUCUUUUUUAUUUAUUGUUUGUUUACAUUUUACAAUUUGUCCAUUAGGACAUUUGGUAAAAUAUUAUAAUUUAAUAUUUGAUAAAAUAUAGCAUGUGGAUGGUUACCCCCAGCGGAACUCCAUCUUCCAGGUUGUUUACCUGUUCAUAUGACCGAGGUUUUGGCUACGGUCAUUCCAACUAAUUCUAAAUAUUUGUUAAUAAUAAAGUCGUCAAAUAUUUUUUCACUAUCGUUCAAUGAGCUACGCGAACGAUUCGUAAAUUCAAAAUUUAUGUUAUUUAUUUAAUCGUACAGUAUUUUAGAUCUAAACAAAAUUAACGAAGGAAAAUAACACCACUUUUCAAUUUUUCUCUUUAAUAAAAGUUAUUAGCUGAAUAAAUUUUAUGUUAAAUAUUUAAGCUGUACGUAUAUAAAUAAGUAUGUAUUUAGUAUAUAUGCGAGUCUCAUACCUAUACAUUAUGUACACGUAUGUUUGAAAGAGCACAGUAAAUUAAAAAAUUAUAUACUAGCUUUUUCGCAAGUCCAAAGAAGAACCAAGAAAUUCAAUAUUAAUUUUACAUUCAGAUUCUUAAAUUAUGUUAGCGAGGGACUAGUGAUUUAAGAAAUGCUUGGUGUAAAUGUAACCUUUCUAGUGUAAUUUGAUGUAACAUGUAACUAGCACAUGAGAGUACCAUUAGUCUCUUACGUUUGCCGCCAGAGCGCUGAUAUCGCAACUAAAGUUGUGUUCAUAUUGUGAAUGAUAUAAAAUUUCGGUUUGUACACGUGAUUGCAUACGCUUUCUGAAUUUUUUACUUAUUUUACUCUUAAACUUGGUCAUUGAACAGUUUUUACAAACUAUUCAAGUGUAAGAUUUUGGUAUAACGAUAAGUUGAAAGAACAACUUAAUAAUGGCGUUGUACAAUUUCAAAAGAAUCACCGUUGUACCCACCGCAAAGGACUUUAUUGAUAUAAUUUUAUCAAAAAGUCAACGGAAAACGCCGACCGUUAUACACGGAAAUUACAAAAUUGCACGAAUACGUGCAUUUUAUUUGCGUAAAGUGAAAUUUACGCAACAAAACUUUCAUGAGAGAUUAUCUCAAAUUAUACAGGAAUUUCCUAAGCUAGAUGAUGUUCAUCCGUUUUAUGCCGAUUUAAUGAACGUCCUUUAUGAUAAAGACCACUAUAAACUAGCUCUUGGUCAAAUAAAUGUAGCGAGACAUUUAAUCGAUAAUGUAGCCAAGGAUUAUGCCCGUUUAAUGAAAUACGGAGAUUCUCUUUACCGAUGUAAAGAGUUGAAAAAAGCUGCUUUAGGUCGUAUGGCAACAAUUAUCAAGAGGCAAGCAGCGAAUUUGUCAUAUUUGGAGCAAGUUCGUCGGCAUUUAGCCCGAUUACCUAGUAUAGAUCCCUAUACACGUACGGUAAUAAUAUGUGGCUUCCCAAAUGUGGGUAAAAGCAGUUACAUUAACAAGAUAACUCGCGCUGAUGUUGAAGUGUAACCAUACGCAUUUACUACAAAAUCGUUAUACGUUGGUCAUACGGAUUACAAAUAUUUAAGAUGGCAAGUGGUUGAUACACCUGGAAUUCUAGAUCAUCCACUCGAAGAAAGAAACGUAAUAGAAAUGCAGGCAAUAACAGCACUCGCGCAUUUACGAGCAGCUGUUCUUUACUUUUGCGAUAUCUUGGAACAAUGUGGACACAGUUUAGACGAGCAGGUGAAAUUAUUUCAAUGCAUUCGACCUUUGUUUGCUAACAAACCUUUGACAGUUGUGGCAAAUAAAGUGGAUGUUUUGCGUCUGGAUGAACUUCCGCCCGAAAAACGAGCUCUUUUAAAGUCGUUGGAGGAUAAAGAUGUCCCAGUGUUGGAAAUGAGUACAAUUACUGAUUUUGGUGUAAUGGACGUGAAAGUACAAGCGUGUGAACGUUUGUUAGCUUUCCGUGUUGAUCAGAAGAUAAGAACGAAAAAGGUAGAGGGACUGCUUAAUCGUUUACACGUUGCACAACCUGUGCCGAGAGAUGAUAAAAUUCGCGCUCCUUGUAUUUCUGAGACCGUUUUAAGGAAGUGGAAGGAAGGAUUAAAGGUAAAACGAAAAUUAGUGCGAGAAAUAGAGGAAAAAAUAGGAGGCGAUUGUAUAGUUGAUUUGAAGAAGGACUAUGACAUCGAGGGCGAUCAAAAAUAUGAUGUUAUUCCAGAGAUUUAAGGACACAAUAUCGCUGAUUACAUCGAUCCAGAAAUAUUUAAUAAAUUAAAUGACCUGGAGAAAGAGGAGCAGCUUCGCGAAGAGGCGGGCAUAUACCAUUAUAAAGUGGCUAAAUUGUCCGAGACGAUGGAGGGAAUUGCAAAAAUAGCGAAGGAAAUUAGGAAAAAGAAGGCCAUUAUGAAAGACGAAAGCCGGAUAUCGAAGGCUUCUACAAAGCCUGUAAUGCCGCGCACAGCUACGACGAAAUUGCGAUACCGAUCGGUAUCGAAAUUGAAACAAGAAAUGGGAGACCUUGGUAUCGAUAUUGAAGAUACAGAAAAUGCGCACUUUACCAAGACCAGAGGACGUACAAGGUCUCUAUCGCAACCAGCUAGGAAAUGUAUGAGACUGCAGUCCGAACCUCGAUCAAGAGCUCGAAGUAGCUCUAAACUAGCUCGCGAUGAAAUGGGCGUGAAGAAUUCGACAAUGAAGAAUAAGUUGAAUUACAUCGCCCAUAGAGCCAUUAAAAAAAAAAUCGCGAAAAAGGGAUUGAAAGGAGAAGCAGAUCGAUUCAUCGGCACGAAAAUGCCAAAACAUUUAUUUUCAGGAAAACGAGGUGUUGGAAAAGCAGACAGAAGAUAGUAACAUUUCGAAAUUGUUAUUUUCUAAAAUCUUUUCCAAAUUUUUAUUGUAUCGAUGAUUCAUUUCCCAUGUAUUGCGUGAAUAAAUCGAUGUUGCUUUGUAAUACGAAUUUACAGAUGUAUGUAUACGUGUACCGACAGUUCCUUCCGUGGUUCCCUCCUUGAAGAGAAUAUUUUGCCAGGAUAAAGCACGGUAUAGUUCAAGAUGGCGGAACGAAUCAGCUUAAUUCUCGGUGGGUAAUGAUCGUUCGUAAAUUAUUUUACUUCUCACAUGACGCAUUCCCUCUUGGGUUCUAUUUUACUUUCUUGUUAUUUCGAUUUUUCUUUUUACUAAUAAUGCCACAUCAACAUGUACAACGUUUUCUUACUUAAUACAAAAAUACCGAUAAUUGAUUUAGGAA